CUUAUUUCAUUUGACGGAAUCGUGUCGAGUGGAUAUUCAUAAUAAAUUCACUGACGUGGGCUUAUAUGUCUUUAAAUUUACAUACAUAGUAUAUUGUGAAGUAGAAAUAAAAAAUUGGUGUUACACAUUCUUAGUGAUUUAUCAAAAUAAGUAAAUGGCUUCAAUAUAUCGCUUAGACCGUACCCCAAUACUGGUGCUAAAAAUACAAUAAUGAAACCAAAUACAACAUAGUAUAAAUAAUACAAAUAACAAUACUAAUGCUACAUAGUGCUCCAAUUGCCAACGUUUAACGGAGAAGCAAAUAUUGAAAAUUGCGAUGAUAAACUAAACAAAGUACGAAGUAUGGCUUAUUACUUACAUUGAAGUUGGGCAUUUAAACAUUUAAAGUUCUUCGUAUGUCAGCGCCACACUUAAUCGAUCCAUCGUUUAAUGAACGCCGAUGCUUUCGGCCUCUGUCUGACCAGGAAGACACCAACUUGGUCAAUGAAUCAGACUUGGUUAUGAGUUUAUCGCAAAAGGACAUAAUUAUUUCAUCAGCUAUUUCUCAGCAGCACCAAUUGGAACCAAUUUCAAAGCAAAAUACAAGCGAUUUAUCGGCACAACAGUCGGUUUCUGCAGCCGCUGCUGCGGUUGCACAUCAUCAUAAUUUAUCUAGUAUUCAGCAUCUUCAAAACCUUCACAGCCAACAUCAAAAUACCUUAUUUAACAACAAUCACUCGACACCUUUUAGUGUGACUGACAUACUCAGUCCAAUCGAAGAAUCUUACCGCAAACUGGAAAUUAACGGCAAUCCACCUUCGCCGUUUCGCUCUAAUUCAAGUGGCAGUAGUAUUAAUUCACCUGGAACACUAAGUACUACAACAAUGGCGAAUCCUUACGCAAUGGGAUCACUAUACCACAGUCCAGGAGUACAAAGCUACUGCGGACCCACAGAUAAUCUGUCAUUAGCUGGACACUACACUGAUAUGAGAGGUUCAGCUUCGUGGUACGGCACAACAGCGAAUGAUCCAAGAUUUGCAAUAUCGCGACUUAUGAGCACCUCAGCCAGCGGAUCGAUGGGUCACAUGGGCAAUAUAAGUGGUCUGGCCGCAUGUAGUGUGAGUGAUUCAAAGCCUCUACAAUUUCCAUUAGCACAGAGACGAAAGCGCCGAGUUUUAUUUACACAAGCUCAGGUUUAUGAACUCGAAAGAAGAUUUAAGCAACAAAGAUAUUUAUCAGCCCCCGAACGGGAGCACUUAGCAAGCCUUAUUCAUCUGACUCCUACACAGGUAAAAAUCUGGUUUCAAAACCAUCGAUACAAAUGUAAGAGACAAGCAAAAGAGAAGGCUAUGGCCGAACAGAAUCAACACAAUCAGUCUGCCAGCUCACCAAGGCGGGUUGCGGUUCCAGUUUUAGUAAAGGACGGAAAGCCAUGCUCUGGAGCAAGCAGCGCAGCACAAUCACAGUCCCAUGCAAAUAGCUCCACAACGUCUGGGAACAACAGCAAUAAUAGCAAUAGUGGAAAUACAAAUGUGUCAUCCGGAGCAGCAGCAGUGACGGUUAAUGUGCCAAGUGGUCUCAAUUUAAUUCCAGGGGAGACCCCCAAUUCACACUCACCUGAUACAUCUUCGUCUUUAAUAGCAAGCUAUGGCGGGACGGUUGCCGGCACCAAUGCUUCAAUGUUACAACAACCCUGCAAUAACGCUCUUAUGUCUAACAGCUUAGCAAUGGCAUACCGGAACCAAAACAAUUUUAUUUCUAAUGGUCAUCAGCAGCAAUGUGGAGGCUACUUACCAUUGCAGGGUAGAGCAUGGUAAAUGUAUCAAUUUAUAUAUACAUAUGUAUAAGACCAUAAAUGUAUAUUAAUUUUAUUCAUACUUUCGGUUCCGUAAAUGUGUACUCAAUUUAAGCUAUACUCAUAAUUAGAGAAUAUAACAAAUUUUAAAAUAGAUGCAGCGAUAUUUGAUUUCAG